CACAGCAACCAACGCCCAAACGACCGCCGGGCGUGUGACAUGCCGCUGCUCUGCGCUGUCCGAGUGACUUGUCGUGACGGGACCACCAGCUGACAGCAGCAGAAUCUUCCGUACGUACACCAAGAAUAGGCGUCGACAGGGGCCUGGCAGCACGGGGAUAGCCCUGCGCCGAUUCACUGCCGCAUCCACGUCCUCUGCACAACACCCACUCUCGCCAUUGACUGGACACGUCGACGAGGCUGGCCACGCUGUCCCACCACCUGACCUCCCCCAACGGCGACAAUGGCAGCCACUGCUGCUGAGACAUCGCCCGUCUCGAAUGCCACUUCGCCUGCCUCCCGCUCGUCGUCACCUUCGCCCUCCGUCGAUGCCUCACUAAGCAUCGAUGCUGUGCCCAAGUCGGAGCGAUCCGUGUCCACGCCGGCCAGCUCCAUCAGCGGCGGCGAGGGCUGCGAGUCACAGCUCUCCAUCUCCAGUCGAUCAAGAAAUUCCCGCCUGAGUGAUGGCAGUGCCACAGUGGUGCGGAGGAGGGGCUACAUCCGCCCACAGGGCACCGUGUCUGCCGACAGCGCGAAGAAUCGGGACAGUGUCAUGAGCCUGGGUAGCAUUGCUCACAUGCAGUACUACUUCGCCCGAACUGGCUUGCUGGACGGCAAGGGAGCUCAAUUGGCCAGAGAGGAUGAUCGAAAGAAGAAGGGAUUCUUGCGGAAGGGUCGAGAGAUGGGUGGGCUUAAUGAGCCCUCAAAUAUCGAGGCCAGCAUGAGAUCGAUGAGCGGCAGCGAGUUGGAUCGCGCCAACGUGUAUCUCGACGAUAGCUAUGCAUCGUCGUAUGCCGCCUCGGACUCUGGCUUGGAUCUUUCGAUUUCCGAAAGUCCGACUGAAGCCGAAUUUGGAGAGCUCUGGGAUCCGAGUGACCCAACGAUGCUGCCACCCACAGUCAGCACCUACAAAGUCAAGCCCGAAGUCACCGAGCCACUCCCAGACAUGCCUGUUUUGCGCCGCGAAUUGAAGGAGGCUUUACAGGACGCAUGCAAAGCGUUAGAGGAAUCGCAAAACAAGCCAGCUUCGGCGGACACUGCUGCUGCCACUGCUAGCAGUGCCUAUCACGAGAUUCAAGGUCUGCACAUUCUCGACAUCAUCACAUUGGCUAUACGAGCCGCAAAGAACUACUACACUUCACAUGUCAACCCGCAAAAGCUUUUCGCCCUCAAACCGGAGCGUGAAUUACGAAAGGAUCUUUAUAAUACUCUGGACACUCUAAAGCGCAUGGCCAGUCGCAAUUUCAGAGGCGGCAUUCGCGAGUUGGAGCUACUGGAAAUCAUUUGCUGGAUUGAGUCCAUCGACAAGCUGAUCAAGGCCGAAGAAACUGCAGAGCAAGAAGAAGCUGCAGAGCGUGAAGCCAUGGUCUGGCGAGAAGGUGACUGGACAGGCAAAGAGAGGCAACGAGAGUGGCUGUUCAUCAAAUCUUUCGAUAAGGACGAACCGGCAUUGCCUGAAUGGCCCGAAUCGUCGCCCGAUCAGAAAAUGCCGACCGAGUUCCUGAAAGCCUUCCAAGAUGGCGUUCGCCUGGUGAAACUCCACAAUGCGUGCGUGGCGAAAUCAAAACGGAAAUUUGAUGUGAUCAAGACAUUCCACACGGAUGUGAGCAAGCCGUACCGAGUCGCAGAAAACCUAAAAUUUUGGGCCAAAGCGGGUGAAAUCCGAUGGGAGACAAAAAUAGAGAUUCCGGCUCUGGACAUUGCGCAGGAGAAAGACGAAGAGACGUGGCGGAUCUUCGACGCAGCCAUCUUCAAGUGGUGUCAAGGGGUGCGGACAGAGUUGACAGAGGAGUGGAGGGAAGAGGCCAGGAAUCAAAAGCACCGGGAGACGAAACCGCCAGAGCUCAGAAUCGACGUUGCCAGCGAUGAUGUCGAUGCUAGCGGUGACCUUCCCAAACCCGGGCCCGUCGAUUCUGGAAUCAAGGACUCUUUUGACCGAUCUGAAGUCCAGCCUCCAGCUCCCGCAAAGGACCUGCUGUCAACAAUGGACCUGCGCGAGAAGAUGGCAUCAGUGUCGAAGCAAGUACUGGGUGGCGAGGAUGAUAAAGAGAAUGCUGUGCCGACGUAGGAAGUCAGCACGGAGAAUACAUCUUGGAAUCACAGGCGCGGCGAGUCCGAUCCGAGUUGGAAGCGGAAGAAGCGACGCGAGGCCGUCGUCAUCCGCCCUUCUUCGACCAUGUCUGACACCUUUGGACGUCGACGCUUGGGCACCAUUCUGGAGAGAUAGGAAUCGCUUCAGUGAAGUUGAGUGCCCUGUGUUGUGAGAGACAGUCCUUUCAGGAGAAGAAGAAGAAGAAGAGAGCAUUGUACAUACCCGACAUGGGCAGCCGCGGGAUGGCGGACGGAGAGCGAACGGAAGGAAGCUAUGUCGUAGCAUUUGUUUGGCUUGGACGGCCGGUGAUUGAAUGGUUUUGGCUGGAGAAGAGAAGAUUGAUACCCCCUUUUUCAUAAGACCCGUAAUGGGCAGAGAGCAGCUGCAGCCAAGAAGAACAUUUCCUUGUAAUUGAUGGGCAAAGAGCAUAGUGAGAUGAAAGUGUGCGCGAAAGCUGCAAGCAGCAUUGGAACUUUUGGGGAAUUUUGCGAAGCGCCUACGACGGCC